CUUCUGUCCAUUGAGCCCAGGCGAUCGGCCGGCCCGAUUCACUGGCCUUUUCUCUGAUGCCAUGAAAAAGAACGUCCACCGAAGCGCUAUAAACUUCCCGCGAUCGCUGAAUUUAAAAAGCCAAUUCGUUCACACCGUCGCUUUUGGUUCAUUCCAACCUCAAAUUUCGACAGUUCUCUGUCCAAGCUUGGGCUUCCCGGCGCUGAGAAGGAUUCGCUACUCACUGGUCAGUCUUCAUCGUGAUCUUCCGCCGGAGUAACUUCGUUUGAGAUUUGACGUUCGAGAAUCAGACAAAUGGAAAACGGAUCACCUGAAAACUUGCCUAAGCGCCUGAAGCUGGGGAUGGAGGAGAAGGACCGUGAAGUGAAUGAGAAGGAGGAGCAAUUAGAAGGAAGCCUAGUUGUUUCUGAUGAGAUGGAGGCUAAUAUCUCUCAGAUUCUGGAGAACAUAGAUCGCUUCACCCAAAUGGUUACUGAGCUGAUGGAAGCCGGGAAAGCUAUGUUCAAGGAGCUGAGCAAUGAUUUCGAAGAACGCUUGCUUAUGGUCCACAAGGAAAAAAUUGAAAAGUGGAAAGAGGAGAUAAGAGAACUGCGGUUGCUUGAUGGCGCCAAUGAGGAGAUCAAUGCUGUUCUGCUCAAUGCUACAUAUUUGUUUCACAAUCCUAACUUGGACUCUUGAAGUUUUUGCUAUCUGGGACUGACAAAAGCUCUUGUUGUGGUGCUACAUCAAGUUGGAGUUGCAUCUCGCUUCUACUAUGCAAACGUGCUCUUGGGAUGGACCAACAUGUUGCUGGUAGUCUUGAUGCUGGAUUAAAUACAUAACAAUGGACCAAUUUAUGUCAUUUGUAGUUGUGUUAGAGAACAUAAGGCACGAUUCUACCAAAAAUGUUCGGCU